AGCGGUGCUGUGGGUGAAUCGAGCACCCAACCUGCCAUGGCCCAUGGCCGCCUUUCGGUGCCGUGCCGAACACACCGGACGGCAAGUCAGAAGCAGCACCGUUGCUUUAUGGCGUGCCCGAGUGAUUACGCGAGAGAGUGGCGUAGCGUAAAGCGGAAGGGUCGAGGUCCCAGAGCGUCACGUGGAGUACCUGAUCGCGUGGGCACCGCCCCGCCCGCAGAGCCACAGCCCGACGCGGCACGCUUUGGGAUGCAACGACUUAUUAACCCCGGACGCGGCUGCCGAAACCUGAGAAGAAAGCGGGGAGGGAUGCCCCGGUGAGAACACGCGAGCGCGGCUUCUUCGGAGACCGCGAGACUCCACUGCGGGCCCGGGUUCGGCAAUGGCGGCGGCGGCGGCGGACGCGACGACGGCGAUGACCAUCGACUUCCUCCGCGCGCGACUCCUAUCCGAGCGCUCCGUCUCCCGCGCCGCCAAGGAGCGCGCCGACCACCUCGCCAGACGGGUCGCGGAGCUGGAGGAGCAGCUCCGCGCGGUGACGGCGCAGCGGCGCAAGGCGGAGCGGGCGGCCGCGGAGGUGCUCGCCAUCCUCGACUCCCAGGGCUUCGACCGCCUCUCCGACGCCGCGGACGACUCGGCCACGGAGGACGAGGUCGACGCGGCCGACCCCGGUGCCGCCGAGAGGGACCGCGGCGGCGGGAAUGCGGCGGAGGACGCGAUGUCGGGGUCGGAGCUGGGAUCGCAGGCGGAGGCGGCGGCUGCUGCUCAGGCCGGGGGGCUCUCGUGGAAAGGCCGCGCCGCCGCGAGCCACGACUGCGAGAGGCGGCGGCCGCCGCCGCAGCUGCAGAAGGGCAGGCAGCUCAGGCAGAGGCACGGCCAUGGCCAUAGGAGGGGCUACCUCUACUCGCGCGCCGCGGAUCCGUCGCCCAAGUACCACCCGGGGCAGUCGUGUCGGAAGAUCAAGAGGAAGGAGCUGAGAUCUCAGACGGAAGGCGAGGAAGGCAAGUACAUUGUGGUGGAGAGCGCGGAGGACGGGCAGGACAGAUCAGAUUGUACCGUAUGCAUUGACGAGCAGCCUGAUUUUGAUGGAGAGGUGAGCCAGGAUGGGCGUGGCUCUUCUGGCAACGGAGGAUUGGAUGACGGAGGUGAUCGGUUUGCCAUGGUGUAUGAGAAGGAUGGGGAGAUGGAAAGGGUGCUUGAGAAGCAGGCUGAGCUAAUUGGCCAGUAUCAGGCUGAAGAAAAUGCUCAGAGGGAGUGGGAGAAGAAAUUCAGCGAGAGUCGGGAUUCAACUGCGGAUAAUGUUAAGUUAAACAAUAUGCUAAAUCAGGCUGAUAAUGCUUGUGGGAGAAGGGAAACUGCUCAGAUCGUGGAUAAAGAAGUGGUUUGUGAACAUGCAAGAUCAAGUGCGGAUAAUCUCCAUGGCAUCAACAAGCCCGCUGAAUAUUUACAAAAGGGCUCUGUUUCAGAAUUGCCCCAAAAUGCAGCCAAAGAUGGUGUUAUUGAGCAAUGCAAAACUGAUGGAUCUGAUCAUGAUUUUGUAGCGAGUACUGUGACAGUUGCUUCACACCAUAGUGAAUUGCAGGUUAGGAAGGAUGUGCUUACAGCUAAAAGCUAUCUUGGAGGAAAUGGUAAUAAUCUUGGGAAACCAGUUCCCCCUCCACAAGGGAGCUGUGAUAGCAUCCUAAAUGCAGGAUUUGACAAAGAUCAAGAAGAUGAAAAUUCAGACAGUGGUUCAAACUGCCAUGUCAAUGCUCGCUCUUCUGAGCGCUACAUAAGUACAUCAUCAGUUGGGAGCCCACUAAGUGAUACCCCUAAAAGCGAAGUCUCAGAAUGGAGCUCCUCAUGCUUUCAUAACCAUACCGAUAACCAGCUUGAUACACAGAUUGGUCAACCAUCAAGCAAUGAUGUAGGAGGGGUGCUAGAGGCCCUUCAACGUGCCAGGAUCUCUCUCAGAGCAAAGCUGAGCCGGCCAAGUCCACCCAGCCAGAAUAUAAUGGCACUUCCAGCACCGGAUGAUUUGCCAGUCAACGACAGGCAACUUUCACUCAGCAGGUCAAACCCUCCCAACCAGGGGGUAUUGGUACUACCAGAAUCAGCAGGCUACCUUAACAGGGUCCCACCAUGCCACGAUGUGAAAGUACCAGUAGGCCCUGCUGGUUUGUUUCGUUUGCCAACAGAUUCGUUUCCCAGAAAUGAGACGGGCUUAAGUGAUGGCUAUUGUUCGAGGUUCUGUUUGACAGUGGCAAAUCGACACCACAUAUCGUCAAGCUACCCUGCCAAUCUUAUCAUGUCAACUCCAUCUUUUUCGCAAUAUGACUUGGAGUUGUCACCAGAUCUGUAUCAUGAUCCUCAUAGUUCCAUGUUGCUAUCCAUGCCUGCUUCUGGUGGUUGUAACAUCACUGUGCCGGAUUUCAGAAUGGGGAGGGGUUCUUUUCUCCCUGAAGUUCUAAGGUUUGGCAAUGAUCUCAGAAGGGUAAUGCCUUCUGGAGAUGCUGGCAUGCUCUUCGAACAUGGUCAUGGUUUAGGGCAUUAAGUUCAGUUGUACCUGUGCAAGCUUUGAACAUCACGUUGUGUUGAGUUAGAUGCCAUUUGUUGAAUUGACUUUGCCUUAGGUCUUGUAGCGAUGCAUGUCAUGUCGUGUUGCAAUCUGAGAACAAGUUAUGUUUAUAAGCAGUAUCAAUGUUUGAAAUGUUCCUCUGUUCUAUAGAA